CACAUCAAUGAAGGUGAUCACUGCACACUUGCUUGCUGUGUUGGGAGGCAACACCUGCCCUUCUGCCGAGGAUUUGAAGGAUAUUCUUGGAUCUGUUGGGGCUGAAGCUGAUGAUGAUAGGAUUGAGUUGCUCUUGGUUGAGGUCAAGGGAAAGGAUAUCACAGAGCUAAUUGCAUCGGAAGGGAAAAUGUUAGCUUCUAUGCCAUCUGGAGGUGGUGUUACUGUUGCAGUUGCUGCACCUGGUGCUGGUGCUGUUGCACCUACUGUUGUUGAGCCUAAGAAAGAAGAGACUAGAGCCUAG